UCAUGGACGGAUGGCCUAAAGAAAUAUCAGAAGAGCUGAAAGUGUACCACAAAAAGAGAGAGGAACUGUCUGUUGAGCAGGGUUGUGUUCUCUGGGGGACUAGAGUACUGGUACCUUCAAAACUGAGAAGAACAGUGCUUAACGAAAUCCACAGUGGACACCCUGGUAUUGUAAAAAUGAAGAUGAUCGCAAGACAAUAUGUUUGGUGGCCAAAUAUAGACAUGGAUGUUGAAAAGACCUGUAAGCAGUGUGACAGAUGCCAGAUGGAACAGCGUAUGCCACGCCCAGUUCCUCUUCACCCCUGGGAGUUUCCUGGAGAGACAUGGAAGAGGCUUCACAUUGACUUUGCGGGUCCGUUCAUGGGUCACAUGUUCAUGAUUGUGGUAGAUGCCUACUCAAAAUGGCUGGAGGUUUUUAAGAUGGCACAAAUAACAUCCUCCGCAACCAUUACACGGCUUCGCAGACUUUUUGCAUCAUACGGAUUACCGGAGCAGAUUGUCACUGACAACGCCACAACAUUCACGUCAGACGAGUUUCAGCUGUUCGUUAAAAGCAACGGUAUUCUUCACACAACCGGCGCGCCAAGGCAUCCAUCUACAAAUGGCUUGGCUGAGCGUUAUGUUGCCACGUUCAAAGCAGGCAUGAAGAAGCUGAGUGGAGAGAACUUGAGUAUUGAGGACAAAGUGUCGCAUUUCCUACUGCGGUAUCGUACAACUCCAAAUAGUGCGACUGGAGAGUCACCUGCAGAUUUGCACCUGAAGAGACGUGUGUACACGAUUGGACUUCCUUAAGCCAAACAUCGCCAUGAGAGUAAGGAGGAGGCAGUAUCUGCAGAAGGAGGAACAUGACAAUCGGGCUACCGAGAGACAAUUUGGUGUUGAUGAUCCCGUCUAUCUUCAAAAUACUGCAGGAGAAAAACCCAAGUGGA